UCGUAACCAAAUGGAAAAGGGAGGUUGAGCGAUGACGGAGCCCCUCCAAAACCGCCACCUGAAAUUCUUACUCGAUCCAGGGACAGAUUUCCAGGACAGCCUCAAUUCCCCAUCUUCUAAUAGACUAUCCUCAGACUUACAAUCACUCAUUCAUAGCCUCAAGGCCGUUCUCUGUCGCCACAUUCAUUUCCGUCACCAUGCCUAAAAAGUUGACACGCCAACCCACGCUCCCUGUCUCAUCCACCCAACCACCCGCCUCGCUCACAGAAGGCCCGCUGCCCAAACUCAUAGUCUUCGACCUCGACUACACCCUCUGGCCAUUCUGGGUCGACACGCACGUCACGCCGCCUCUCAAGCCCAACAGCACACACUCUGCCGCGACAGAUCGGUACGGCGAGGACUAUGCGUUUUACGAGGACGUGCCCAGCAUCCUGCAGGCUCUGCCUACCCUGGGCGAGGGUGUGAAAAUCGGCGUGGCCUCGAGGACGUCAGCACCCAGCCUGGCGAGAGACCUUCUCAAGCUGUUGCAUCUGCCUCCUAGCACCGACGGCGAGAAGGUGAAAAAAGCAGGCGAUGUGUUUGAUGCGGGAAUGGAGAUUUACCCCAGCUGCAAAAUCCGUCAUUUUGAAGCGUUACACAAAAGGACGGGUCUCAAGCACGAGGACAUGCUGUUCUUUGACGACGAAGCACGGAACAGGGACACGGAAACCCUGGGUGUGACCAUGUACCUGGUCAGAGAUGGUGUCACAUGGACAGAGAUUGAGAAGGGCGUGGCCGAAUGGCGCCGGAGGCGAGGAUACAAAGCAUAGAGCGCCGAGAUAUAUAGAUCUAUAGACAAAGACAAUGAUGAUGAUGAUGAUGAUGAUACCCAAAGUGCGUGUGUGUAUGUUUUCAAUCGCUUGUUUUC